AUGGAUUAAAUCAACUGCUAAAACCCAAACCAUGACUCACAGAGAAUCAAAUAUAUUUGUGUAGAUCCAAACUGUUAAGCACAGCAAAAGAUUGGUUGUGCUGAUUGCUUUCUGGAAGAUCAUGUUACUCAUUAGAGAAAGACUGUUGAUCAAUUUCAUGAUUAAGUGAAACAACAACUAGAUACUUUUAAUUAGAUUGAAUUUUAACCCAUUACAAAUGCUAUUUAAUAAGAUUUGGAGAAACAAAUUGAUAAAGAAUUAGAAAAUUGUCUUUCUUGUAUUACCUAUCGAUUCACAAGCAUAUAAAGUGAUCUGAAAUCCUCAUUGGAUGGGGAGAAUGAAAAACUAUAAGAAAGUUAUAAUGCUUUGCAAUUGAGCAAAAACUAAGAGGUAGAUUCAAUAAAGAAUGUUAAUGAUUUACAUUCAAUUAGUCAAGAGGAAGUAAACGAUUUAGUUAAGUUCUAUCAAGAAUCUUCGAAAAUCUAACAGAAUUAUUCGAAAGCUUCUGAGAUAUUUUCUGAUGAGAAAUAAAAGGUAAAGUAAAAAAAAUAGAAAUACUUACAGAAAUUACAUACAAUCAUGUAAGGACUGAUGAGGGAAUUCAAUGAAUUAAUGACAACUAAGAACUUUUAAUAGGAAGACUUCAGUGAAUUUGAGACACCGCAGAAGUCAACAAUGUCUCCAAAUAAGAUAAUAAGUCUAGUAGAAAGUACAAGAUAAUCAAGGAGAUUUUACAUGAAUUAAACAAAAAAAUUAUUGUUUGGAAACGCUUCAAGGAAGAAUGAAUGA